AUGAGUGACAAACCCAAAAUACAAAAUGUUCCAGAGAAGGAAAAAGAUGUCGAGUUUCAUCUGAAAACCAGCAGAAGACCACCAGGAGAAGCCACAGUUGAUCUCAAUGAGUUUCUUCAGCAGCUGGGGGUGGGGGGGGGGGGGGUACUGGAAAAGGAGAGACAAUCAGAUGCAACUGCGAAAACAGAAACUUUCAUAGCUGCGGAAUCUUCGAUCGGAGAAGUUCAUGAUGAAUUCGGGCACUUUGCUGACAAGAAUAUCAAUUGGGAUGCGUUGAUUGAGAUGCAUAGAAUUUCAAACCAAGGAGCAGAUGCUUGUUCCUUCCCCACUUCCACUGGGAACUUAAAGAAAAAUUAA